AUGGUCCAAGAGAGUGAAAGCGGUCCAGAGUAUAGCAACAUGAAUUCGGCAGUCAGCACAGAGUCUAUGGAUAUGGCUGAAGAGGACAUGUCCCAAGUGGACGGGUGCGGGUUGAGCGGCGGGUCGGAGGACGAGGACGAGUGCGCGUCCUCGCCCGCCGGCUCCGCGUACGAGGAUGGCGCUGACGUCAUCAAGAGCGCCAUGAGCGAUGAGGUCACGAAACAGCUGGCUGCUGCGGGUCCCGUAGGCAUGGCCGCGGCCGCCGCGAUUGCCUCCUCCAAGAAGCGCAAGCGACCGCACUCCUUUGAGACCAACCCGUCGGUUAGAAAGAGACACCAGAACAGACUGCUUCGAAAGCUUAGACAAACCAUCGAGGAGUUCGCGACGCGCGUGGGGCAGCAGGCGGUGGUGCUGGUGGCGACGCCGGGCAAGCCUAACACCUCGUACCGCGUGUUCGGCGCCAAGCCGCUCGAGGACGUCGUGCGCAACCUGCGCUGCAUGAUCAUGGAGGAGCUCGAGAACGCGCUCGCGCAGCAGUUCGGGCUGGGCGGGUGCCCGCAGGCGCCGCCGCCGCCGCCGGACGACCCGCUGCUGUUCGAGCUGCCGCCGCUCAUCAUCGACGGCAUCCCCACGCCCGUCGAGAAGAUGACGCAGGCGCAGCUGCGCGCCUUCAUACCGCUCAUGCUCAAGUACUCCAUGGUGCGCGGCAAGCCGGGCUGGGGGCGCGAGUCCACGCGGCCGCCGUGGUGGCCCAAGGACCUGCCGUGGGCCAACGUGCGCAUGGACGCGCGCUCCGAGGACGAGAAGCAGAAGAUGUCGUGGACGCACGCGCUGCGGCAGAUCGUGAUCAACUGCUACAAGUACCACGGGCGCGAGGACCUGCUGCCCGCCUUCACCGAGGAGGACGAGGAGAAGGCGGCCGCGGCGCAGCGCAUCGACCUGGCCUCGUGCAUGCCGGGCGCCAGUUCGAACUCUGGCGGCGGUGGGAGCGGGUCAACGAACUCUCGCUCGCAGCCGCCCGCCGUACUCUCCUCGCCUCAAGUCUGCAUCGACCAAAUGACACUGACCGAUGUUGAUAUGUCGCAGUACGCGCCGGCGGUGCUGCAGACCAUCACCAACCCGGACGGCACCGUGUCGCUCAUACAGGUGGACCCCAACAGCCCCAUCAUCACGCUGCCCGACGGCACCACCGCGCAAGUUUGCGUGAUGCAGAUCCACGGCGGCGGCGAGGGCGGCGGCGUGGGCGUGGUGCAGGCGCUGGACGGCGACGGCGCCGUGGCCGUGGACCUCAACGCCGUGGCCGAGGCCACGCUCAACCACGACGGACAGAUCAUACUCACCGGGGAGGACGGACACGGCUACCCGGUGUCGGUGUCGGGCGUGAUCACGGUGCCCGUGUCCGCUUCCGUGUACCAGAGCAUGGUGGCCUCCAUGCAGCAGCAGGACGGCGUGUGCGUCGCGCCGCUCGUGCAGGUGGAGCAGAACGGCGAGGGGCUGGAGACCAUCUCGAUGGGCGGCGGCGUGGCGCAGGUGAUGCUGCAGGGCGGCGACGCGCAGGUGCUGCAGGUGCUCAGCCUCAAGGAUGCCACCGUGCUCACCAAGGCCAUGCAAGUGAAGUCCGAGCGUGACGCGGUCGCAGCGGAUUCC